CCGGCGUGACGCGAAGGCAGUUUCGACCGCCCGUGCUUUUCCCAGAGAUUUUUAAGGUCGUGUGUCAUGGCUCCGGAUGUUGCCGCUUCUCCUUUCCCGGCCCUCUUCUGCAUAACCUCCUCGGCUCCCUCCCUCUCUGUCCUCCGUUUGGUUUCUCUCUCUCUCAAGAGGAGAUGAGCAUCUCGGUGAACGGCCAGUCCGUGGUGCCCCCGGGGUUCCGGUUCCACCCGACGGAGGAGGAGCUGCUCACCUACUACCUGAAGAAGAAGGUGGCCUCGGAGCGCAUCGACCUGGACGUCAUCCGCGACGUCGAUCUCAACAAGCUCGAGCCAUGGGACAUCCAAGAGAAGUGCCGGAUCGGGUCGGGGCCGCAGAACGACUGGUACUUCUUCAGCCACAAGGACAAGAAGUACCCGACGGGGACGCGCACGAACCGCGCGACGGCGGUCGGGUUCUGGAAGGCCACCGGCCGUGACAAGGCCAUCUACAGUACCAGCAGCGCUAGCGGCCCCGGCCGCCGCAUCGGCAUGCGCAAGACGCUCGUCUUCUACAAGGGCCGCGCCCCGCACGGCCAAAAGUCUGACUGGAUCAUGCACGAGUACCGCAUCGACGACGCCCAGCCCGCCGGCGGCGGCGACCCCUACUACCCCUCGCCUCCACCCGCGAUGCGUGGCGCGGCCGGGGACCAAGCGGCGCAGGAGGAGGGGUGGGUGAUCUGCAGGGUGUUCAAGAAGAAGAACCUCCUGCACCACGGCCAGAGCAGCGGCGCUGCCGCCGCCGCCGCCGCCGCAACGGUGACAAGCCACAUGGCAUCCAAGAUGGCAGCCCCCAUGGAUAGCAGCCCGAGCAACUGCUCGUCGUUGACCGUCAGCGACCACGUCAAGGCACAGAUGCUGCACUCCGCCAGCGACGACGCGCUCGACCACAUCCUCCAGUACAUGGGCAGGUCGUGCAACAAGCAGGACACCAAGCCUCCGCUGCUGGAUCACCUUGCUGCAACCACCACUACUGCGUGUCCGAGCAGCGUUUAUGGGAAGUUCAUGAAGCUUCCGCCCCUCGAGCACGCCGGCGGCCUUCUGCCGAGCCCGGCCGAGUACGCCGCCGCCGAUGUAUCCGGGAUCGCCGACUGGGACACGCUGGACAGGCUGGCCGCCUACGAGCUCAACGGCCUCUCCUACGCGUCCAAGAACUUGGUCUUCUUCGACGAGCCCAUGCCGCAUGCUCCCGCCGGCGCCGGUGACAGCGAUCUAUGGAGCCUGGCGCGGUCGGUGUCGUCGUUACACGCAGACUUGACGAUGAACAACGUGUAAUUAUCAACCGACGAGACAUGGCGUAUGCACGCAUGCAUGCCGCACCACUAUUUCGAUCUACCUGCGUGCGUGCGCUCGUGCGCGUGCGUACGUACGUGCGUGCUCCCGUGCAUGGCCGGCAUUGCACACACGCACGCACGUGUACGUACGUAGUACGUGAAUAAUUCCUAGGGAGACAGAGCGGUGUGAGGCCUACGAUAGUGGCCUAUAUAUACGAGAGGGAGCUGUCCAUGAUGUUAAAGUGCGGUCGAGUUGUUGCCUGUAAGAACGAAAAAAGAAGAAGAAACUAAAAGGACAGCGUGGUAGGAGAACAUAUAUAUGUAUUAUCAAUGUACCUAUAGCUUAUUAUAAACGACCACCUUUAAUUUUCUAGUGCA